ACACCACGUCGAUUUGGAAAACAAACGAAUGAACAUGGUGGUCCUCGAAUAAGAGCGUCACGUGUAAUCUCGUCUGGAAAGCGAGAGGGAACCGAUAUAUCGUGUCGAAGAAGAUAUCUGCGGUGAAGGAAUCCAGUGUACUGUGCUCGGGUACGUCGUUAACGAUAAUUCGAUAGUCGUCACCGAGCCGGCAGAUAGAAACGACUUCCGCGCGUGGAUCGAUGCGAAAAGAGACGCGAACAACGGUGUGACAUAUAUCGCGGCGCGGAUUUCAAGCGGGAUGUUCGUCGACGUGACGAUCCAGCAGCAAAAGCAGCAGGAGGGUUGAAAUCUCGACGUCGUUCAAGCUCAAAGGAGACAGAGUGAUGGCGGAGAUAGUCAGGUUCCUGUUCGCGAUAAUGCUCUGCAUCGCGAACAUGAUCAUCUACGGGCUAAAGGUCAACAUCGCCACGGCUAUUGUAGGCAUGGUUAAGGCUAAGAAGGAAGAUGAGCUUCACAUGGAUGUACACCAUGAAUGUGAUUUUGGCGUUGAUGAUAGUGCAAAAGUGGAUAUAGAUGGUCCGUUUGAUUGGUCUGCCACGGAGCAAGGAUUGGUUGUCAGCAUUUAUUUCGCUGGUUACCUAAUAGGCAUGUUCCCAUCAGGAUACUUCGCGGAUCGCUUCAACACGAAGAACGUCUUGCUGAUCUGCGUGUUCGCGAAUGCGAUACUGACGAUGUUGGUGCCGGUAGCGGCGCACAUGCUCGUGGUACUCUACAUCGUGAGAUUCUUUACGGGCCUUCUGAGCGCGGCUAAUCUUCCGGUGGUAAACGUUCUCGUUGGCAAAUGGGUCGUUUAUGAGGAGAAGAGUAUGUGGGUCGCUAUCAUUUACGCCGGAACAUCACUUGGUACUGUGGUGUCCAUCCUCUCUUCCGGUAUAAUACUCGACUCUUUGGGCUGGGAGGCUGUAUUUUACAUACACGGCUCGUUGCCGUUGAUCUGGUGCGUGCUGUUCUAUUUGUUCUUCGCCGACAACCCGGAAACGCAGAGGUACAUCUCAAACAAGGAGAGGGAAUACAUUGUAUCUUCUUACGGGCACAGACAGCUCGAAUCGGCGAAAAUGAAGGUACCGUGGAAGGAGAUCUUCAAAUCGGUGCCGUUUUGGGCGCUGCUUUAUACGAACACGUUUGGUAACUUCUGUUGGUACUUCUUGCUCACGCAACUGCCGUUAUACAUGAACAAGAUACUCAGAUUCAAUAUCAAGUCGAAUGCUGCUUUAAGUUGUACGCCAUACUUCAUAAAUGCAUUGGUAAAUCCGCUGCUUGGCAAAUUAUUAGACUGGGGCAGACAAAAGAAUUAUUGGUCACAGACUGUUGGACGAAAGAUUGCAGUAUUUAUAAGUUGUAUUCCACCGUGCACCUGCCUCGUUAUAAUCAUGUACAUCGGUUGUGACCGCAUAGGAUCUACAGUGCUAUUAAUAUUCAGCAUAGUAUUAUGUGGUGCGAUUUUUGUUGGACAUCUUUGCAAUCAGAACGAUCUGGCACCGAAUUACGCUGGAAUCUUAAUGGGUAUCACAAAUACUCCGGGAACAAUCUCAGCGUUUAUUUUGCCUGCCAUGGUGGGCGCGCUCAUGGAAAGCGGGCACACUAUGGCGCGCUGGAGGUUCGUGUUUUGGGUCAACAUUGUCGCUCAAGUCUCUGCGUUCGUUGUCUUCGUCAUCUUUGGAUCGGGAGAAAUUCAAAGUUGGAAUUACGAUGAAGCUGAAAUAGAUAACUGGGUAACGCGUGAUGGGUCACCGCGAAAAGGAGAAAGAGCGAAGCAG